CGAUUGAGGAAAAUCUCCAACAAGCUUCCGCACUGACUAUACAAGCCCCAUAACGUAUGCUGGUCGUGGAGUUUGUCAAAACUCACAGGUAAAAUUGCGUCUCGUUGGGAAAGCGCCCCGGCAUAUUAAGUUCGUUUUGAGAACAUCCGCAUAUUUUUGUCUUCAACAUGGCGACUCCCCCACAGAAGCAGAUACACUCGCUGAUUGUGGACACUGGACCCUUGAUCCACAACACAAUCUCCAUCUCGACGAUAAUACAGUCCGCGGAGCACAUAUACACCACUCGGGACAUCAUUUCGGAGAUACGAGAUGCUGCGACCCGCUCUCGUGUGGAAACCACCUUGCUGCCGUUCCUGACAUUGCGGAAUCCCAGUCCAGCAAGUUAUGAGUUUGUCACCCAAUUCAGUAAAAAGACAGGCGAUUAUCCCGUGCUGAGCAGACAAGAUUUGGGCAUCUUGGCGCUUGCUUACGAGAUUGAUCAGGAAAGGAAGAAGGAAGAACAGGCGAAGGAUGCGGCAACGGACGAGACGGAACCAGCUGUGGAAGCUUCAGAACCCGGAACAGCAAAAGACACAGUACUGGAAGAAGUGUCUGCUAUCCCGAAAGAUACCACAACGUCAACGGAAAAUGCUUCUGCCGAAGCUCAACCAGCACAGUCCAUCGAAGAAGGCAUGUCCAACCUGCAGGUUUCGUCGGAUCCUAAGGAACUGCCAAAGUCCCAGGAUCAGCCAGAGGAGCAGAAGAAACAUUACGAGGAAGCACAAGGCUCAGAAGAAGAAGAUGAUGAUGACGACGGUGAAUGGAUCACGCCGGACAACCUCAAGCAGCACCAGGCCAAAGACAGCGGCGUCUCCGUCAAAGAGACCGAAACGAAGCAACUAUCGUGCGCAACAAUGACAACCGACUACGCCAUGCAGAAUGUACUUCUGCAGCUCCAACUCUCACUCAUCUCCCCUUCCAUGCAAAGGAUCAAGACCUUGAGAACAUAUGUCCUCCGCUGCCACGCUUGCUUCUUCCUCACCAAGGAAAUGACGAAGCAAUUCUGCCCUCGCUGCGGGCAACCCACCUUGAAUCGCGUGUCGUGCACGACCAACGCCAAGGGCGAGUUCAAGCUCCACCUGGCGAAGAACCACCAAUGGAACAACCGCGGAAACAAGUACAGCGUGCCCAAACCCGUAGCGGGGACAGCGAGUGGAAAGGGAAUCAAGGGUGGCGGCAAAGGCGGAUGGGGCACCAAUCUUAUCCUCGCCGAGGACCAGAAGGAGUAUCAGAGGGCAGUGGGAGAGCAGAGGCGAACCAAGACGAGGGACCUCAUGGACGACGACUAUCUCCCCGGUAUACUUACCGGUGAUAGAAGCGGGAGAGCAGGAGGAAGGACAAAAGUCGGUGCUGGGAAGAACGUAAACUCCAGGAAGAGAUUUUAAGGUCGAAGAAAGGCUGCAUUGCAAGAUAUAUAUGAGUCACGAUUGCAUAACAUUGGCGUCUGGAAAGAGAAA